UAAUUCCCGACGUACUGAUUCCCGAUGGCUCACAACUCACCCGCCAGCUCGUCCGGCUGGCUUAUCUCGUCCUCAGCAUGACCAAAAUCUAUUCUCUCGCUUUCCUCCUUAUCUUCCAUCUCAUAUUCCAUUUCGGAGCAACGCAAUCCCCCGGUCGAUCACAUGGCCUUCAGGAAAACCGCUCCGUUAGGUCAGCCGUCGUCAAGAACGUAUAUAUGAACAAUUCCUUCAUAAUCUCUCGCCAUUGUUGAUAAGCCCCUCUACCACACAGAGCGCACUAAACAUGACUUCCAUCACUCAGACCCAGCCAACUCUUAAGCUUCAAGGUGACAAUGUCGGAUCUCUAAAUCUGAAGUCCGACAGUCAGUCUGCGGCUGCGGUUCCGCUCACCAUCAAUCUCAACCAGCACUUUGGAGACUGGAGAGACGAUCUCGCUCGAGAUGGCUUCGUCGUCCUCAAAGGAGCGGUACCCAAGGAGAAGGCUUUGGGAUACCGACAGAGUUUCUUUGACUGGAUUGAGAAAUGGGGAAUGGGCUUUGACCAGAAGAAUAGAUCAACUUGGAUACCCGAGAAGGUCCCUGUUGUAAGGAAGGGUGGUAUGUUUCAUCAUUCCAUAGGUCAUGAAGCAUUCGUCUGGGAAGUUCGACAAGAACAAGGUGUUCUGGACGCAUUUGCCAAGCUUUGGGGAACGGAUGAGCUCUUGGUUAGCUUUGAUGGCGCCAAUCUCUCUUUGCCGGGUAAUAUGCAAGACCCAAAUCAACCUGCUUGGUGGCACGUUGACCAGGAUCCAGAGAAGAGGGGUUGCGUCUGCGUUCAAGGCCUCGUCAACCUCAACUACAACGGACCCAAGGAUGGCGGCUUGAGGGUUUUGAAGAACAGCCACAAGCUUAAUGACGAGUAUUUCACCAAAGUCUGGAAUGGUACGGACGGUUUCCGACUCCCCAAAGACAUUCAAGAGUCUGACUUUUUCGGUUUUACUGAGUCCAUCCUCGAAUGGUUCUACGAAAACGGAUGCGAAUGGAUCAAACCUGAGAUGGAGCCUGGAGACUUAGUCCUGUGGGACUCUCGUACUGCUCAUUAUAACGUACCACCGCUCGGCGAAGUGGACAGAUGUGCUGUUUACACUUGUUACGCUCCUGCGACUACCUGUAUUCCUGAGCAACUGAACAUCAAGCAGCAGCUCUUCAAAGAACGGAAGAUGACUACUCACUGGCCGUGUACAUUCCUUUCUCCGAAGACGUCCAUUGUGUUGCGCGAUGGUAAGCAAUGUCCAUAUACGCACUAUGAACCAUUCAACGAACCCGAGCAGACCGACAAAUUGCUUAAGCUCGCAGGUGUCAAACCGUACUAGGGAUCAACUUGCUUUUGAAGGUGGUAUCUGAUAAUUGAUUUCAUGUUACAAUACAACUCGCAUGUAUACUUGCAUCAUG